AUGGCUGCGCCUUCCGCUGGUUCAUCUGUUUUGGAUCCCAUUAAACGAACACUGGAAUAUGUUGAAAAAACUUUGCCAGGAUUCACCUGGAAUUUUCUUCGUGGGUUUAUGGAGAAGUUCGGUCUUAAAGAUUUUAUUGACAUCGAGGAAAUGUCUUUACGUUUAUCUGCUCUCGAUAACGAGAUUCCGUCAUACUCAUCAAGCGUUCCUCAUUCACAAGACCUAGAAAAAUGCGCAGCUGAGUUGAAGUAUAUACUAAGUCGUAUUCCAUCUGAAAUAUCAGGCCGUAACGAAUUUAUAGAACUAAUUAAAGAGAUCGCUAAUGCCAUUAAAAAUCUCCUUGAUUGCAUCCACUCAGUUUUAAAUGCUCUGGUCCCAGGUGUAAUUAAGCAAGAUCUUGACGGUCAUAUGGUAAACUUUGUGGAUUAUUCGAAGCGUUUCAGCAGCGCUCUCAAGGGCUUCUUCCGCGAUCACAGGACCAAUGAACUUUAUGCAAGUGCCAACAUGCUGGUCCAACAGACCAAUUUAAUACUCUUAUUUAUUCGUAACACACGUUAA